ACGGAAGCACGAGGUUCGAGGAUCUCCAUCCGGAGUCCCGGAAGAUGUUUCUUGAAAUCAAUGAGCGGAUUCAGCAAUACAAGGAUGAAAGUGAAACAGUAGAUCGGUGUGAAAGGCUCUAUGGUACAUUUGGUGAUAAAUUUGAUAUUGAAGUUGAACGGACCAGUCAGGAAAUUAGAAGGCUCGAUAUAUUUUUCAAAGAAAAGAAAACCGAUGUGCAACAAAUGUUGUCCGUGACGCGAGAUAUGGAGACAUUGGAGGCUUCAAUUAGCUCAAAUCUUUCUUCAGCUUCAAGUUAUGGUCUUUCAAGUUGUAAUAUGGGAUUGCCUGGAACUUCUUUUUAUAGAGGGCUUCUAAUGCGACCUACUCCAUUUCUUCAGAAUACCGUCGAAAGAUUUCAGAAUAAGCUUCGUGAGUGCGGUAAGUGGCUUGAUGAAAAUGAACAGCUAAUCCUGAUGGACACAUUCGGGCCAUCUUCAAGCUUCUCUUCCCUACCAUGGGCUAUAAAAGAUACAAUGUCAAGUACUCAUGAGUUUUUUGUCUAUGUUGCUGGUAAGGUGGAGAAACUUCAUGAAAUGGUGGAGUCUCUAAAGAAAAACUUUCUCCUUGGUUGGCAACAGCAGGGUCAAAGGGGAAACCCAUUUUUUGAGGCUGACAGACAGGAAGCUGCCAGACAAGAAAAUGCUGCCAGAAGAACACUUAAUUUCUCUUCAACUACAGAACAACCAAACCCAAUUUCUGGUUCUUUUCCCAACCCAGCAAUGCUGCAGCAAUCUGUCGGCAAUUUUCUAGCUUCCUUUAGCUGUCAAUAUGAGAUGUUCUCUUCUCCUACCCCUUCUAUCCCUGCCUCUGGUACUCCCUAUUUCCCCCCUUCCAAUCCAACAGCACCGAUGGACUCAACUUCUCAAUCUGGUUUCACUCAAAAUCCUGCUAUGUCUGGAGGAGCAUCUUCAUCCUUUGCCCCCAUCUCUCUUGCAGGGAGUCCUUUAUCUUUUGCAAUAGGUGCUGCCGGGAGCGCCAGGCCAGGUCCUGCUUCAACUAGAGUAUCACCCAGGCUCAGAGAUCGAAGGCGUCGUCGUUGACCCAGUGUUUCUAUACUCUCAGAUGUAUCAUAAGAUGAUUUGCUCCAAUUACAACUUUUCGUAUAUACAGUAAUCUUUGCCUGCUAAAAUUUGACUAUGGGCUUUACUUUGGUUUUACACAUUGCUAACAAGAUUAACAUCACACCCUGUUGUUAUUUGCAGUUACAUCAGAGGUGUAAACAGUGACCGAACCCUGCUUUCUUGUAUUUUACAGAUACAGAUUUCUUUACCAACCAAGUGUAAAUUUUCACAUCAUACUUGUGAUAUCUCCAGGAUUGCCUAGGGCCAAUUCAUUUUUCUACUCUAUACGCAGGAUUUUGCUUGUAUGAUGACAAUGUACAGAAUGUUUGCUGCAAUUGCUGUUGAUAAUUUGAGCGGUGAAUCUAAGUUUGUGUGA